AUGGGGACUGCGGCGGCGGCGGCGGCUGCGGCGGCGGCUGCGGCGGCGGCGGCCGGGGAGGGGGCGCGCGGCCCGAGCCCCGCCGCCGUGUCGCUCGGCCUGGGCGUGGCCGUGGUGUCGAGCCUGGUGAACGGGUCCACGUUCGUGCUGCAGAAGAAGGGCAUCGUGCGCGCAAAAAGGCGAGGUACUUCCUACUUAACAGACAUUGUGUGGUGGGCUGGCACAAUUGCAAUGGCUGUUGGCCAGAUUGGAAACUUCCUGGCUUACACCGCGGUCCCUACAGUCCUGGUGACUCCCCUGGGUGCACUUGGAGUACCAUUCGGGUCCAUUUUAGCUUCUUAUCUUCUGAAGGAAAAGCUCAACAUCUUGGGCAAGUUGGGGUGUCUGCUAAGCUGCGCAGGUUCCGUCGUGCUGAUUAUCCAUUCCCCAAAGUCAGAGAGUGUGACAACUCAGGCCGAGCUGGAGGAGAAGCUGACCAAUCCAGUGUUUGUGGGCUACCUGUGCAUCGUGCUGCUCAUGCUGCUGCUGUUGAUCUUCUGGAUCGCACCAGCCCACGGGCCCACCAACAUCAUGGUCUACAUCAGCAUCUGCUCCUUGCUGGGGAGUUUCACCGUGCCUUCCACCAAGGGCAUCGGGCUGGCGGCCCAGGACAUCUUGCAUAACAACCCUUCUAGCCAGAGAGCCCUCUGCCUGUGCCUUGUGCUCCUGGCCGUCCUGGGCUGCAGCAUCAUUGUCCAAUUCAGGUACAUCAACAAGGCCCUGGAGUGCUUCGACUCUUCUGUGUUCGGGGCCAUCUACUACGUCGUGUUUACCACGCUGGUCCUCCUGGCUUCCGCCAUCCUCUUCCGGGAGUGGAGCAAUGUGGGCCUGGUGGACUUCCUGGGCAUGGCCUGUGGAUUUACAACUGUCUCCGUGGGGAUCGUCCUCAUACAGGUGUUCAAAGAGUUCAAUUUCAACCUUGGGGAGAUGAACAAGUCCAAUAUGAAAACAGACUAAGAUGCGAUGGAGGUUCCGGGGCCUCGAAGGGACAGGCAUUGGAGGGGGGUGGGGCGGCGGUGGUCUGUGGUUUUGGACUAGAUGCCAAGCGGAACAAAGACUCUCGGUGAGGGUUGCCUGUGUACCAGCUAGUGAUCUAGCGGACAGUAGGGAGCCUUGCUUUGCACCAGGGUGGGGUCCAGACCUCUGCGGCGCAAAGCUCCCAAUGGUUACCUGGGGGUGAGCUCUCUCUGAUGAGACUAAUCCUGUGUUCAUUUCCAUUAACCUAGACGCUUUCGUUUUGUUUAAGAUACUUUAACAUGAUUGAACCAGAUAAUAAGGGUGAGAGGUCUUUCUAGUUAGUCUUUGUAGGGAAGCAGAUGUUCUCACCUAAGCACCUUGGGAAAGGCAGACACUCUUGUGAAAUCUGGCUCUGUGCAGUAAACAUGUUCAGCACGUAUAGCAUUCAGGUAGUUUACCCAAAUAGGAGGUAUAUGAGUUGAGUUGAUUUUAGUCCUUUAACAACUUGGCUCUCCUACAUGUGCCCCAAAACAGCAGUAAGCAGAGAGAGGAGUUGAUGAUGGUGGUACAGGGCUCCGUCGACAGGGUGACUUCCCAAUAGCUCAGAUCAAUUUUAGUGCCUUUAUCAUUUGAAGCAUUCACUUAAUUUAACUGUUGCUGUGUAAUAUGUUAAAUGUUCUAACUAUAGAUACGUAAAGCAGCUAGAAGAGGAUGCUACCUACGCUCAGUGGAAGAUAGUGAAAACAAAAAGUACGGGGAAAAUUGGAAACUGACCCAUUUCUGUAUCGUUGUCCAGUUAAGGACAACUGAUUAAGUUUGAAGAGAUACUUUGUUUGCAUUUAACCUGUGCUACCUGGAUCCAUUAUGAAAAAUACCUGCUUUCUGUUUCAGGAGGCAUUUGUAUCCAUUCAGAAAAAAUAAAACCAUUAAACUUGACAGAAAGGUUGUUAAAGUAGAGAGUGUCUAUUAAGUACAUACCACAGGAGUUUAGUAAACAAGUCAAGGAUACAGCUUAGGAGUGUUUCUAUAAAGUGCAUAAUUUCUAAGGGAGUUUCUAGCAAAGAUGACAACAGUUUAGCCUUCUUGUUGUUUGAAAUGGUAGAACCUUCUGGAGUUCUUAACCAGACAUCCUACUAAACCUUCUGACUGUGUGCAAGACCCCAGGUUUGAUUCCCUGCAUCCAAAACAGCAAAACAGAUCAGCUACCCUGCAUCCAAAACAAACAGCAAAACAGAUCAGCCUUCUUAAAUGGAAAAUAGCUGUUAAUAACACAGUGUUUUAGAACAGAAAUGAUUCUCCUAUACAUAGUAGCCUUCCCCAUGCUUUUAAUUGGAGCAAGGUACAAAGGGAUACAACAUAACAUUAUAUAAUAUACACAUUAAGAUGUUGUGUAUUCCACAUGCAUUAUUUUUUUAUCUAGAUGUAAUAUGCCAAGUUUAAAAAUGGGGUUGGAUAAAAUAAGUUAGCUGAGGUAGAACAUGGAUUUUAAUAAUACCCAAUUAAACUUCUCACUAAAACAAAUGUGCUUUUCCAGAUAAAAAGGCCAUCUCUCAAGUAAAGACCCCAGAGAGUAGUUCACUGAGUAGUAGAAUAAACAGGGUAAAUAAAUACUAGUUUAAUAUAAAAGAAUCUGGUUGUCUGGCUCAUUUGUCAGAUUCAGUGAAUUGUAUGAAUGAUGACCUCGGUGUAUUCAGUCUGUGAUUUGUGAGGAACAGCAACAGAAUGAUUUAAACAGCUGAAAACCUUGCAGAAAGCAGUAGUUAGCACGUGUUCAAGUUCAUUCUUUUUUUUGUAUCAGCUCUUGAAAUAUUUUUAAUCAUCAGUAUCUUUAGGAGUAUAAACCUUCCUGUAUUCCAAUUAUUGAACAUAAUUGGAAAGUGUGAUGUAGCAGGAUCAAUAUAAUUUUAAUAUUAACAUUUCUGAGGUAAGAACAUAGCUAUACUAGUACAAGGAAGAAAUUUAUAAUGUGGAAAUUACCAUGUUCAUUUUGCUACUUAUUGUGGAACUUAGUUUAAAUGCAUCUGUUGAUGUACCUGAAGUUUUGAUUCACAGUUUCACCAUGAAUAUUAAAAGGUAUUAAUAUUUUGUAUGUGAAGCAAAAUUUCAUAGUAUUAAUAGUUCUCCUUCUGGAACAGUAAGACCGCCCAGGGUUCCAUCUGAUCAGCAGAUUGCUUCAGUAGGAUUCAUACUUUUGUUCUAGAGGAACUCACUGCUUUUUAAGUCUGAAAAUGAUGCCCCAGUAACCGUCAGGAAUAGGGUCCAGUUUUCAAAUUAAACAUAGUGCACAUAUUUGUAUCCUUACUACUGUUUUACAAAUUCAGUUUUCACAAUUCACUUUGAAAUGCAAGUGAAAGUAAAAAUUCCCCAAUAAGAGCUUUGUAAGGAAGUCUGGAAUGCAAAGGAAUCUCUUAUUGGUUUCUCCAAUAGGAAACCCUUUCAUUAUGAUAUAUUUUUUGGGGGGAGGUUAUUUCUGAUAAAACUUAAGAAAACAUGCCUAUUAUGUACUUUUCCCCCAACUCUUUAAAAUCAUCAAAAUAAAAAAUAUUGGUAGCAGUUUAUAGAGAACUGCACUUGGAAGACAUUGAGGCCAUUUCUCUCUUCUACUUAGACAAUGCCUUUGCUCAUACAUAUCUUUACAGUUGAAAGGUUGUUUUCUGUUUUAAGUAAGUACUGACCAAGUGUAGCAUCUGUGGAGGUUUUCGAGGCGGAAGACGUCACUGCCUACACUGGUACCUUUGGAGUGGAGCUGUCUUUCCAGUGCCGUAGCUGGUCACCGAGAUGGUCACCGUAGCUGUUUCUGUUAGAACAUCAGUAAAACAUACUUUGUUGCCGCUUGUUCAACAGUCAGAUUCUAUUUCAUUUCCGUUGUCUAAGCCAUUUUGUUCUGCCUAACGUCAUUUCCACUUGUAUCACGGAAAUAAUGUAUUGAUCUUCCUUCCUUCCUUAAGUUUCAUAUCUGUUUUCUUUUAUCUUUGAAACAUGGGUAUGAUGUGUGCUAGGCAAGAGUUUUACAUCCCUAGUCUGCUCGCGCCUACUUUUGAUAGGCUCGUAUUCAAACGUGCAGGCACAGAGCCCCCUCCUUUGUCCGCCACAGCUCAGUUGCUGGCAGAUACUGUGCUGAACUUUUAGAAGCUGGUCCCUAGGCUUCUGUAAAGUGCUCAGAUGCAGUGCUUGUUAGAUGUGGGAAACCAGAUGGUCUGUGGAAACUUGAGAAUUGAUGAGCAUAGGACUGCUGUCCUGCUGCAUAAUUCAUUUUCUCUUUACCCCCUUAAAAGGGGUCAUAUUGUGUACCCCAGGCUGGCCUUCAAGGCAUAUGUCGUUACACUGGGCCUCCUGAGUAUUACAAUUGUUGUGUGCUGUGAUACUUUUAUUCCACACUGAUCUAGUAGAGCAGAGUUCCUCUCUGAUGCCUAUUGGUCUUAGUAUUCCUGUGACCUCUAGAAAACCCUGCGACGGUGUGAAGGAGGUCUAAGGAAGUAUUCUCAGAGUGUCUGACACCAAGGAGCUUGUUCAUCUGCUCAGGCAGGACUGAAUAGAAUCCUGGUGUUAAGCCUUCUCAGGGACCAAAACCGUAUUAUUAGCUCCUUAGCACAGACUUUCUAAGGCCAUAGCCACAGUUUCCCUUUGUUUUACUUAUAUUCAUUGCUAGAUUUUGUUGAGUUGGCAAAAGACCACUUGGCACAGCCAUCCCAUUACAAGACGGUUUACCAGGUAGAAGGCCUAAACAUUUUUUCAUUUCUCAUUUACAUAUGACAGUCAUUUCCUGGUGAAUUUUAAGGGUCUGUCAUUUAGCUUUUAAGUGAUUUUUCACAUCUUGCAAGAUUCGUACACUGUAUUAUACAUUCAAGGAUAUUAAGAAUUAUAGGAGUAGUAAUGAGUGUUUGGCCCAUCAUCUCUGCUUAAUUUUGUCAUGCACAUUUUUCAUGUGUUGUUUAAUGAAACAAAAGGAUAUUUUUAAAAUUAAUAGUUAUUGCAUCAAAAGACAUCUAUUUAAAAAAAUUGAUAUUCCGUAGGGAAAAAAAAUGACCGUGUAAAUAAACAUCUAUUUUCAAAUGUACCCAAAGUAAUUUCAAAGUUUAGUCAUAGGCCCAUGGAUCCAGGGAGGGUUUAUUUAUUUGUUUGUUGUCUGUUUGUUUUUAAAGAUUUAUUUUUAUUUCAUGGCUGUAUGGGCUUUUCCUGCAUGUGCAUCACUUGCAUGCAGUACCUGCCAAGGCCAGAAGGGGGUGCUGGACCCCUAGGAACUGGAGUUACCGCUGCUUGAGCACCACCACGUGGGCCCUGGGGAGCCAACCUGAGUCCUCUGCAGGAGCAGCAGGUGGUCUCAGGCACCAAGCCAUCUCUCCAGCUCCAGGGGACUUAUUUUUCCUUUUCCCGACUUUCUCCUGACUUGUGAGAUUAUAUGUGAGUUUUUUUUUUUUAAACCUUCCCGUGUCUCAGUUUUUCUACCUCGAAAGUUGUGGGAGGAGGGUUCUUCAGGUCGCUCGAUUCUAAACUGCAGGCAGGCGCGCCACGCUGAGAACUGUUCCGGGGGAGGUGUGUGAUUAAACUCAGCUCGCAGCCUUUUUGGAGCCUGAUCCAGACUACUGUAGAGCAUGUAGCCUUGAACACCAAAACAACUAAAGGGAACCCUGGGUGUGUUAAGUGUGCAUGAUUCCUUAAGACUUAAUUUUGUUUAAGGGUUUACACGUUCUGUUGUACAAUGAGGAAAUAAAACAUAGCCUUCAAAAAAAAAAAUCGGAAGAUCCAGUUACAAUGGUGUGACAGCUCCUUUUAUGCUCUUCUUUGGUUUUUGUCCUGCGUAUGUGACCCAUCAAUUCUGUCGCCGUUGAAUUUGCCAUGAGAAACACUGGACUUCCUGCUUCUAAGCACCUUAGCCCUGAUACUGAAUUAUCUGAUGUCACGUGAAUGUCAGGGGCUCCCAAAACACUAGUGCCAAAGGGUCACCUUGAAAAAUUCAGAAUAUUUCUUUGUUACAAUGUCUUGCAUUUCACCCUAUCAGUGUAUUUUUGCACUUUACAAGAAUUUGAAGGUGUGGCUUUUUAAAAGUUGUAUUCCUUUAUUUAUUUUUUUUGCUUUUUAAAAGGAUAAUUAUUAUCCCCUCGUGAAAUGAAUAUAGUAAGAAAAAACAUAAAUUAAAAAGAAUGCCAAAUGUUGGUUGCAUAAAAGUUCCCCCCCCCACAUAAAUGUAGUAGGGGAAAAUGUAGUUAGUACACAUACAUAAUAAUCAGUGUCUAAGAGUUGUUUAUAUUUUGCUUCAUAGAAGUAGUCAUAGCAUGUUAUACUUGCCUUAUGUAGAUAAAAAGGCUAUCAAGUUUUCCGAUAAUAUUUAUUAUUCUGUAUAUGUUUUAAAAUAAAGUAACGUUUCUAGCUGA